AUGGUUAUGAGAGGGGAUUUUCGCCAAGUACUACCUAUUGUGCCGAAAGGAAGUAAGUCGCAAAUGAUUUCAGCUUUUAUUGUUAAAUCACAUUUGUGGCCAUUCACCAAAAUUCUCCAAUUGCGACAAAAUAUGCGAACUCUUAAUGAUCGUGAUUUUGCGGAGUAUCUUAUGUGCAUAGGGGAUGGAAUUGAGCCUACCAUAUGUGAAGACUUGAUACAAAUAGAAGCACACAUGGCAAUACCAUGGGAAGGUAAGGCAUUAUUACACAAAUUAAUAAAAGAAAUCUUUCCAAAUUUGCAAUCUCAUGGGUGGGAUGCAUCUUAUAUGGUGGAGAGAGUGAUAUUGACACCCAAGAAUCAUGAUGUGCAACAUCUUAAUGAUAUAGUCAUUAAUCAAUUUUCGGGAGACGAACGAAUUUUAGCAUCCUUUGAUGAAGUAGAAGGAGAUACAAAUAAUCUGUAUUAA